UCAGGGAGGCAUUGUGCUGGUAUGUUGUUUUCAAGGCACCUUCCUUUCUACAUAGUCAGUAUUUUUGUAAUGAAGCGUCACGCUCUGUCGUGACAGAUAUUCCGUUACUUCUAUCAAGCUGAAACACAGCAGUUAAUUCUCUGUUUUGACGACGUAUUUAGAUGCAAGUUAGCCAGGCUAACGUUAACUGCUGUUUAAGCUAUUUAAAUAACAUUUCUAUAAUAUUCGUGAUUGGCAUGUCGUUUUAAGUUGAGUUGUAAUCACACCAGGUGUUUUUAUUCUACAGGGAGAGACAUAUGAAAGCCCAAUUCAACAGUACAUGGUUACGGACGGGCAUCGGUUGUUGAAUUCAGGUAACGUGAAGCUAACGUAGCUCACACUGCAUCGCCUGUGUGUCUUUGUAUGAGUGUGUCAUACAGGCGAUACACGCUACAGAUAAGGGCUCAAUCGUAACGGAGCCUAAAUCCAUGUCUCAGUAUUUCUAACUGUGUCUAAAUAACAGCCGGAAACUUAAGCGGUCAGCUCAUUAUUUGGAUGUCUGGGUUUAACUCCAGGAUGAACGACAUGAACCUGAGUCCUGUGGGCAUGGACCAGCUCAGUGUGCCCUCAGUGAGUGCCAGCCACCUGGGUCUGCCCACCUCCCCGACACACAACCCCAUUCCCACUGCAGGCAUGUCAGUGGCCAUCCCCAGCCUGGGUCCCUCCCUGGGCUCCCUUCCCUCUGCCCUCUCGCUGAUGCUCCCCAUGGGUCCGCUGAGUGACAGAGGAGUGAUGUGCGGCCUGCCAGAGAGGAACUACUCUUUGCCACCGCCUCCAUACCCCCACCUGGAGAGCAGCUACUUCCGACACAUACUGCCAGGUAUCCUGUCCUAUCUGGCAGACCGUCCACCCCCUCAAUACAUCCACCCUAGCAGCCUUAACAUGGAUGGGACCCUGUCGGUGGCCAGCAACAAUCCCUCAGGUCUUGAUCCCUACAGUGGCCCUGGAGGCCCACUGGAGCAGGGCCUGGUGCCCAUGGACUCCAGAGUGAGCGGCCAGGGAGACCUCCACCAGACUGGUGCUCAUGAGCUGGACUCUACAGGUUUGGCCAUGGAGUCACGUGUUAGCAGCCCCAUGUCCCCUGACCGGAUGGGAGAGGAACUGGCCACCAUGGACGGAGUCGGGGUGGUGGUGUCUGACACCCAGCAGCAGCUCGGAGGGGGAAGGCAGCCUCAGCCGCAUGAGGGAUUGACUGGGGUGGACUCAUCUGGUGGGGUGAUGCCCCUCCAUGGACCCCCUGUUCUGGAACUACCGGUGGUGAUGGAGCAGGAUCACAUGGGGGGCCGAGUGGGGAACACGGUGGGAGGAGGAGCAGGAGGACUCGGGGAGCAGCUCCACUCAAAUGGGGAGUUGAACUCGGGCGUUGUCAGUGUGGUGCUUACUGGCUCCAUGGCCGGCCAGGGCCAACUGGAGCCAUCCCUCCAUGGGCACUCUGGGAUGGGACUGGACGCAGUGAAUGUGUCCCCCAUCACUGCAGAGGUGUCGCUGGGGCCAGAAAACAACCUGGUGCUGGUUAACUCCACCCUGCAGCUAGAGGAUUCUACCUCCAACAAGGAGAACAUGGUCACUGCCUACACCAUCUGGUGCACACUGUGUGAGCGCUCGUAUACCUCAGACUGCCCAGAGCACGGCCCAGUCACCUUCAUCCCUGACACGCCUAUCCAAAGCCGGGCUCGCCUCUCUCUGCCGCGUCGACUGUGCCUGCGCAUCUCAGUAGCUGACGAACCGCUUGGAGUUUUUGCACGGGAUGUCAUUCCUCCAAGGACCUGCUUUGGACCAAUGGUGGGCCAGCACUGUAGCAAUGUGGACCUCUCUGAUUGGCCAGAAAAGGACGCUCCACAAAUAUGGAAGAUGUACCACAACAAUGUGCUGGAAUUCUACAUUGUGACAACAGAUGAGAACGAGUGCAACUGGAUGAUGUUUGUCCACAAAGCCAGAACCCGUGAGGAACCGAACCUGGUGGCGUACCCUGCCAACGGUAAACUGUUCUUCUGUACAACCACAGAGAUCCACCCGGACCAGCAGCUGCUCUUCUAUUACAGCAGAGACUACUGUAGGCUGAUGGGUGUUCCGCAGGUCCCCGAGGGCCAGAUCUGCCAUUGUGGCAAAGAGUGCUCCUCUUUCUCUGAGCUCAAGUCUCAUCUUGAUAGCCAUAACAGCAACCACAGCCAUAACCAACCUCCACACAGCCACAGCCCGUCGCAGCAGGACCACUCUCAGCAACAACCACAGCAGCAGCAAGAGCAACAACCACAGCAACAGCAACACACUCACCGGGAAGAGAAGCUGACCAAUGGGACCUCGAGCUCCUCCUCUUCCCCAUGGCCCUGCCACACCCACGCUGCAGGACAAACAAACAGUGAAAACAACAGCAUCAGGGCCAGCAGUAAUAGAAACUCUAAUAAUGUUACCUCCAGAGCGAAAGGUCAGGGUCAUGUACGGGAGAGGAAAUUCAAAUGCAGCAUGUGUUCCCGGGCUUUUCUCACAUCCACAAAGCUCAACGUGCACUUCAUGGGGCACGUGGGGAUGAAACCUCACAAGUGUGAAUACUGCAGUAAGGCCUUCAGCGAUCCCAGCAACCUCAGGAUGCACCUCAAGAUUCACACAGGUCAGAAGAACUACAGAUGCACAGUUUGCGAGAAGUUGUUUACCCAGAAAUCCCAUGUGGCAUCGCAUAUGCUCAUCCACACCGGUGCCGAGAAGCUCAAGUGUGACCUCUGUGACCGAGCAUUCAUCAGGAAACAUGACCUGACACAACACAUGUUCUCCCACACACAUGAGCGCCGCAUAGAGUGCCCAAAGUGCAACAAACAAUUCCUCAAGACCAACCACCUGAAGAAGCACAUGAACUCUCACGAGGGCCGAAGAGACUUUGUCUGUGAGAAAUGCCACAAAGCUUUCCUCACCAAAUACCACCUCACCCGUCACCUCAAGAUAUGCAAAGGGCCCAAGGCGGAAAGAGCGUCUCGCAAGGAGCAGGAAUUAGAUGAGGAAGAGGAUGAAGAUGAGGAAGAGGAGGAGGAGGAAGAGGAGGAGGAGGAGGAGGAGGAGGAUGGUCGGGGAAGAGGGGGAGAGAGACUUGUAGACUCAGCCAGCAAUGAAGACUGUGGUUUAGAUGUUGGAGGAUAUGACUCUGAAAAGUCCCUGUCACCCCCUCAUUGACAACACUGUGCCUUUUUGAGAUGUCUUGUUUAUUUAUAUGCUUUACUACACUAAUCAUGUUUAUCUCUAGUUUUUUGCCAAUUAUCAGUUACUUUGUCAAAUUUCAUUUGCAACAUCUUACGUUUCAUCCAUUCCAUUAUCAUGUCGAUGUCAUUAGCUACCCAAAGCUCUUGAUCAUCGGUGAGUGUGGGAAGGUAGAUGGACCGGUAAACGGAGAGCUUUCACUACAACGGUCCGGUGCAACGCCCGUAUCACUGCUGAUUCCGCACCGAACCGCCUGUCCAUCUCACGCUCCGUUUUAACCUCACUUGUGAUAAGAACUAAAGUCCAGCCCCGAUGCGUGGAGGUCAGCCCAACUAUAUCUAGUUGAUACCGUUCCACCUCCAGCUCCGGUUCCUUCCACGCCAGAGUGGUCAUGUUCCACGCCUGCGAUGCCAGGGGUCGGCACGCCUAGGUCUCCGCCUUUGCCUGCUGUCCGGAUCACAAUGCACCUGACCGUAAUGCCUAUCCCUGCGUUUAUUGGAGUACAUAGGCAAUACUUUUUAAUAGACACAUUUUACAUACAUUUUUAAAUCAAUACAUGUUUAGUCUCACCCAAGCAUAUUGGUGCUGGUGAAAUAAUCUUUGUCAUAUAAGAAAACUCAUAAAGAUCUGACUGUAUUUUUUACAAAACUCUUUUUAUUUAACUUGGGCCUGUGUAAUAGUGGUUGAUGGGAUCCAUUAAGCUAACUUUCAUUCAUUGUAAUUCAUUCUAUUUCUUUUUUGUCUCACUCAAUAACAUGGAAUGAAUGGUUGAUAUGUUUGUAGUUGCACAACAAUAUCAAUUACAAUUGCUGAUGCCAUAUUCUUGCAUAGUCUGGAUAUGUAAUUGCUAAAUGGCCUUGGCCAUUCUUUAUUUAUUAAAACCAGGAUUUUUUAUAUUGUGAAUGGAAGUGAGCCUCUUUAAAACAGGAACCUGGGCAUUGUUGUGAUAUUCCUCAUUGUGUGAAUGUUGACCUAAUGUUAUAAUUAUAUUAUUUAUGUUGUAGCUCCAUCCUAUGUGUUGCAAAAUGUUUUAUUAAAUGAACAUUUACAGCUGUUUCAUGUUGACUUAUGUACAUGAUAGAGUUGUAAGCAUGCAUUAUCACAUAGAUGACUACAUCAUUUUCUUGCGUCUAUAUUGGUAUUUAACCUUGGUGAUCAUGGACUGCAGGUCAUCGAUCAACACAUGCUCAUUCAGAGCAAAUCCAUAUGGACGAAAUAGAGGUAGCGCCCCCACCUGGCCGUCUCACUUCGAUGUACUUCGUGAAAAAAAGCAGACCAUGAUCAUUAAAGAAAUGGAGAAAAAAUGGUUUGCUCUCAAGUAACGUUACAGCACUAUUGGAGGAAAAAUUAGCUAAAUUUCAAAGACAGUACUUU